AUGGCUACGGGCGCGGAUGUACGGGACAUUCUAGAACUCGGUGGUCCAGAAGGAGAUGCAGCUUCUGGGACCAUCAGCAAGAAGGAUAUCAUCAACCGGAACAAGAAAAAGUCCAAGAAAUCCUCGGAGACGCUGACUUUCAAGAGGCCCGAGGGCAUGCAUCGGGAGGUCUAUGCUUUGCUUUACUCUGACAAGAAGGAUGCAUCCCCACUACUGCCCAGUGACACUGGUCAGGGGUAUCGCACAGUGAAGGCUAAAUUGGGAUCCAAGAAGGUUCGGCCGUGGAAGUGGAUGCCAUUUACUAACCCAGCUCGAAAGGAUGGCGCUAUGUUUUUCCACUGGCGAUGA